AACGUGUUCAUGACGUCAAAUCUGCGCGACUAUAAACAGCAUGCGCACUUGUCAGGCGGACUGAGCAUCUUUGGCUGAACUCUCGUAGUUGUCUCUGUUUAGUGUAAAGUUUAUUGACUGUUUAACUCUAAAGACAUGGACGUGACCGAGGCUAACGACGACAGUUUUGGAAUAGAAGUUAUUCUUCCACAGGGCGGAAAAACAGCGCCAUGUUGUCCGCAUGGUCCGACCUUGCUAUUUGAGAAAGUUUGCAAAGGAGGGGAGAAAGGCAGGAGGUUUUAUGCCUGCUCAGCCUGCAGAGACAGGAAAGACUGCAACUUCUUCCAGUGGGAAGAUGAAAAGGUGUCGGAGGCCAGGCUUUUGGCCAGAGAAGCAGAGAAGCAGUCAAAGAGACCUCUGGUCACCCAGCAGGAGUACUGUAGCAGGUUUAGGAAGUUUUCUGCCCUCCCGCUGGAUGAGAAGAAGUUCUGUCAGGAUUGUCAGAUUUUGCUGCUGCCAGGGUUGGCUGAGGCCCACUCCUCUCACAGAUCCAUAGCUGUCUCCACCGCCCAGCUGACCAGGCCCAGCGUGCUGCUGCGCCCUCUGGACAACAAGAAGAGCAACGCCCAGUACCUGUUCACCGAGCGCAGCUCCCACUUCCUGCUGGACAGCCUGGCUGCUCUGGGAUUCACCAAGGUGCUGUGUGUGGGCACACCCAGACUUCAGGAGCUGAUCAAGUUACGAAACCUGGAUCAGAAACAUGAGCCAAUGAAGAGUCUGCUGCUGGACAUUGACUUCAGAUACGCUCAGUUCUACAGCCAGGAUGAAUUCUGUCACUACAACAUGUUCAACCAUCACUUUUUUGAUGGAGAGGCUUCCAGUGCGGUGCUGCAGGCUUUCCUCAGAGAGGCUGACGGCCAGAAGGUGGUGAUGGUGGCGGACCCUCCGUUCGGCGGCCUGGUGAAGCCUCUGGCCAACACCUUCUCUCUGAUUUCACAGAGAUGGAGGAAGCUGCAGACUUCUGACAGCAGUAACACUGAAAUGCCCAUGAUGUGGAUCUUCCCAUAUUUCUUGGAGCCUCGCAUCCUGGAGUGUUUCCCCUCAUUCACGAUGCUGGACUACCAGGUGGACUAUGACAACCAUUCUCUGUAUAAACAUGGGAAGACAGGCAGGAAGCAGUCUCCUGUCCGCCUCUUCACUAACAUCUCACCCAAAGAUGUCGUCCUGCCCAAAGACGAAGGCUACAGAUUUUGCUCUAUAUGUCAGAGAUUCGUUUUCUUCCUCAACAAGCACUGUGCCAAAUGCAACGUCUGCCCAUCCAAGGACGGCCGAGAAUGGAAGCACUGCUCAACGUGUGGGAAAUGUGUGAAACCAUCGUGGAAGCACUGCCAGGCGUGCGGCCGCUGUGCCCUCCCAGCCCACCCUUGUGGCCAGGGAGAGGACGGGUGCUUCAACUGUGGCAGCCAGGAGCACAAACGCAAAGCCUGCCCUCUCAAAGACUCGCACAGGAUCAGCAGUCAUCGCUCCAAAGCCAAGAGUGGAGGCAAAAAUGUAUCACGUCAUCCCCUGGUGAAGCCUAAAGCUAAGAGGAUGUCUGGAGGCGCUCGCAGAGCAAAGAAGAUGGCCGCUCUGUCCAAGUGACCUCAGCAUUGAUGCAGUAUCUGUCAGCUGUGCAAUCACACGCAAUCACUUCUUUUAUUUAAACUCAAAGGACUGUUCAACAGUGUCAGCAGUUGUAGUAGAAUAAAAAUAACAAAAGAGAGUUUGCCUUGUAUUUUCAUUGACAUGCAUAGACACCCAAAGUUGGUAUUUAUUCUGUAUAUGGCAGCAUUUUUAAUGAAUAAAUUGAAAUAACAGUU